UGGAGACGCCCCUCGUUGGUAGGCACUCUUCCACAUCUGUCUUAAUUUCACACAGCGACAGACCUGGCGGACACUGGCAGCGAAACAGCGACACGAACUCCCACAAUACUUUUGUUAUUUAACCCGCUUUAUUUCAAAUUCAAUAGUUAAGAGGCAAAUAUGGCGAUUGAAAGCAUGGAAAUGAACGGACAUGCCGACAGAGAGCGCGUAGAAGAGGAGCCGCGUCAAGGCCCCUGGAAUCGGAGGCAGGCAGGCCAGCCUAUAAACAUGAACCGGUAUGCUAAUAAGAAGAGCGCAGCAGAGAGCAUGCUGGACGUGGCGUUACUCAUGGCCAACGCCUCCCAGCUGAAGGCCGUCCUGGAGCAGGGUCCAGACUUCACCUUCUACACCCCCCUCAUCGCCUUCAUCUCCAUAUCCCUCCUCCUACAGAUCACCGUGGGCAUCCUGCUCAUCUUCAUUGUGAAGUGGAACCUGAACGACGAGAGCACCCACUUCAAGCUGAACAUUAUGGAGAACAUCGCCACAGCCCUCAUCUUCAUCAUCGUUGUAGUCAACAUCUUUAUUACGGCCUUUGGUGUCCAAAAGCCCAAUCAAAACUCUUAACCUCCCUCACUCCUUACCCUCUGGUCAUCAAUUAUUAUAGUUCUAAAGGCAUUAUACUGGUGUUAUAUGCACAAUACACACAUAAUAUGCCAACGUGUACCCUUGGUUAUAACCCUCAAACAAGUGUUUGGUAAUCAGUGUCAAAUUGUCAGGUUACAUGAGUUUAAUAAAUAUAUGUAUUGUACAUAGACUUACAGUUAGCAUACACAUAGGUUCAUCUUAAAGUAAAUGUUUUAUACCGGAAUGCCAUAGCUGCACUAACCAAAUCACUGCUACUUUAGAAGCAAAAGAGGUUCACGGAUCCAGUAUUCCAUCAGAUUCUCCGUGACACCAAAGACAGUAGAUCGAUUCAUUAUACAGGAUUCCCACUGGCCUUUCACACACACGGCCAGUCACAAUCUCAGUCAGGUUGACCCUACUUUCAUGCCGAUCCUGCCACACUUCAUAUUUUGCUAUUACUUGUGUGAACAAUACAUUGUUCAAAUGACCAAUAGUGUUAAUGUAUUGCCUUUACAGAUAUGUACAUAUCAGGGUUAUUUUAUAUAUAUAUAUACACACACACACACACACACACACACACACACACACUGCUCAGUGGCGAUUUUGAGCAUGUAAGUCUUGGUGGGGCAAACUCCAUUUUUUGUUUUUAGAUGCAGCCACACAACACUAAACAAUACAUUAAUUGCAUUAUAACGGUGACAAACGGUGCCUACAAACUGUUGGGACAGCUUUAUGUUGGCCCUAACAGCAGAGCUUUCUUUUCAGCACAAUGGAGUGAAUCCUUACCAUCGCUACACCUGGCUAUCAGCGGAGCCUCAUCCGGCAGCGUAACAGUUCCUUCAGCCUCACUUGCUUCCUUUUUAAAACCAUAGUUGACACGGCUGACUUGCUUAAACAAGCACCUUCAAAAUGGACACCGACAGAAAUUCAGACCGAUGUUCAUUCAGCAAGAUGUUGAGGCCUUACCUUUACUCUUCUUGAAGUCACCACACAGAGACAGAGAGCCUAUCAUUUGAAGUAUUUUAUUAGGCCUAUGUGGUCUAAAAGGGAAAAACGAUACAAUCACGAGGAUCCACUUUUAUAGACAAUAUACCGACGCAUAGACAGCGCAACGCGCAAACAAAACAACCCUCGCAAUAUCAAAUGGAGUCACAUGGGUCUUUUACUGAACUUUUUGUUGCAAACACAUAUUUGAAUGGGAAGAGAGAGACUGUCACUGGCAAACAUGGCAAACAAAUAGCCGAAUCCACUCAUUUGAAGGGGUGUCCACAUACACUGAAGUAUCUCAUAUCUUAGAGCUGCUGUCAUGGUAACUUUGUUCUAGAAAUACUCAAGCUGUACAGUCCCAGCUGCUGUGUUUUUUAGCCCAUCGAUUUUGUUGUAAUGUUUGAGUCACUCAGCUAUCACAUGAACACACACAAGAUAUGGCAAAAUGUGUAGAAUGCAGGAAAUUAGCUUUUAAAUGCCCCUCAAAAAUAUCACCCUCCAUGGUCGCCAUUUUAAAGCAAAUUUCCUGCAUUCCACACAUUUCCCAUAUAUUCUGUGUGUUCAUGUUGAGUUGAUUUUAUUUUUACAGGGACAGUGCACAUUAAUCAACAUUUCAGUAAAAGUGACGGUUUUAGCUCGCCGGCUAAUUUUCAACCACAGUCUGUGGGCAGGUUAGCUGAGUGUAUAGAAUUGCAGGAAAUAUGCUUUGAACCUGCUAAAUGUUCUCUCCGCCAACAAGAGGGGUGUGAAGAGUUUGUGAACCACUGAUCUAGCGUUGCAAAAUGUUGGUAAUUAGGGGAUUUUUACCCCAAAUUCUCAUGUUAAGUUACUUGAAUUUUACAACCGGACAUUCAGACUUUGCAUGCUGCCUUAUAUGUAAUCUCAGAUCUAUGCAAUUUACAGUAUGUACCAUCACAAUUUACGUGUAAAAAAAUAUAUAUGAUCAUAUUUCAUGCCUUGUUUGUGCCUAAGCUUUGCCAAUAUACAUGUUUUUUAAUGAUUGAA